AUGCUUCCCUCCAAGGUGGCCCUUCUCCUUCUCCCGCUCCUUGCGUUCACGAGCGCCGCUCCGCUCAAUGACAAUGCUGUUGUUGCUCGUGACGCCGACCUGGACGCCCGCGGCGACAACUCGCCUCUCGGUGCCGCUGCUGGCGGUCUCAACGACCUCUUCGAGGUUAAGGGCGACGUCCUGAUCGGUCCUGGGGGCUGGCUCGACAAGCAGGGCAACUUCCACGAGGGCGAGUACACCGGUGUCGCCAAGCGCGAGGCGGACGUCUCCCCUAACGUCGAGGAGCGUGGCCUCCUUCUUGGGGCCCUCCUCUUCGGCAAGGCCCGCUUCUGCCUUAGCGGCUGGCGCUACUGGAACGGCUGCAUCAUCCGCCCUAGGGGAGGUUGGUGGGACUGCUAUGGCUUCCACAAGUACGGCUACCCUUGGGGCUACAACCCGUACGGUCACUCGUCGUGGUGGCGCCGCGACAUGGACGACUCGGCCGUCACGGCCCGUGGCGGCGACAACUCGCCCCUCGGCGCUGCUGCUGGUGGCCUGAACGACCUCUUCGAGGUCCAGGGUGACGUCCUCAUCGGCCCUGGCGGUUGGAUGGACAAGUCUGGCAACUUCCAUGAGGGAGAGUACACUGGUGCUUCCAAGCGCGACGCGGACGGCCUCACUGAGCCUCAGGAGGAGCGUACCUUUGGCCUCCUUCUCGGUGCCCUCAUCGGCGGUAAGGGUGGCUCCUUCUUCCACGGCUGGCGUCGCUGGAGCGGCUGCCUCAUCCGCCCCGGCGGUGGCUACUGGAACUAUGCUGGCUGGCACGAAGAGGGGUACCCUCCCCACUACAACCCCCACGGCUCGUGCAAUUGGUGUUAA